CAAAUUUAUGGCUUUCUGCGCAGCAAGGAAUACCCUCUUUUCAUCCCCCGGCAAAAUUUCUGUUCUUCAACUGGUGAGGCCUCGUGGUCGGAAAGAAGCUCAAGUAACUUUGGUGUUUCUUCAGUAGAAUCAGAGAAGAAAUCCUCUUUGGAUUCUGCUCCAAGCACUAGCCUUAAUUAUUCCACUGCUUCUGCAUGUUCUCUAGAGACCCAAAAGGAUUUGCAGAAAGGGAUUUCACUACUCAAGAAAAGUGUGGCAUGCAUUACAGCUUAUUGCAAUAAUAUAUAUUGCUUGGAUAUAUCUCCCGAUGCGUCUACUUUUGAAGCCUUUGCCAAAGUAUUGGCCACGUUGUCUUCUUCUAAAGAAAUGAGUGCAGUGAUUUCCUUGAAGAUGGCAAAGCCAAAGUCUGAUAAUCAAGCAAAGCCACUGAACAAAUCAAUCUGGAACGCAAAUUCUACUCCAUCUACAAGCAGUUUGCUUGAGAGUGAACACAGUAUGAUCAUAACGAGAAGCGCUCGACAUAAUCUCUCAAACUCUGCAGCUAGUUUUCUUUAUGCUGACACAACUGAGGCCAGAGCAUCAGAAACCAUGGUGGAUGGAUGGGAUCUGAUUGAACACCCUAUACUUCCUCCACCAUCUCAAGCUGAAGACAUUGAACACUGGACGCGAGCCAUGUUUAUUGAUGCGUCCAGUAAAUAGCUCCGGUGUGGCUUCUUUUUUUUUCUUUCGUGUAUGUAAAUUCUGUCUAAUAUGUUAUUUACUCCAGGGUAAGAGAGCCCUGGUUGUUGGCUUUUGCUCCAGAAUAUAUGAACGAAAGAACUUUUUUUUUUUCUUUACGAACAAUUGUAAUAUAAUUAUUGUUCAAAUGUUUGUUAUCAUGCAAAAUAUUAGAAGACAAAAGAAAUGAAAUAAUCUAAGAAUUGGCUUUCCCAAUGGCAAUAA